AAUCUAGCUACUAGAAUAGAACCUAGCUGCAGCAAUUAAAUUAUUACCCAACAUGCGUUUACUACGUGUUUUCAAAGUCUUAUUGAGUUUGCUGCUUUUUGUGUCCCAAAAUGCAGCAUCAAAAAUAUUGGGCAUUUUUCCAAUGCCUUCCAAAAGUCACACUAUUCUUGGAACCGCCCUUCUGAAGGAACUUGCAUUGAGAGGUCAUCAAGUCACCAUGUUAAGCCCAUUUCUAAUGGAUAACUUACCUGCAAAAUACACACAAGUGCAUUGGGAUUACCUACAAAAAGAUAACGAAGCAAUGAAAACGUUUUCCAAUCCAAAUCUAUCCGGAUUUGCAAAACUAAAGAUCGCUGUUGAUGGUAUUCCAAAAUUUGUUGAUAACAUCCACAACAAUACAAAUAUAAAAACAUUUUUGGAUUCAAAUGAAAAAUUUGACUUGUGCAUAUAUCUCCUUGGAGUAACCGAUUCAUUUCUUGGAAUCUGUCAUCAUGUUAACGCAACGAUUAUUGGUUUCAACACGGUUGGAAUGAAUAUUUUUAUAGGCCAAAUGACUAUGAAUCCAACACCAUAUUCAUACGUGCCGAAUAUUUAUUUACCUUUUACUGAUAAUAUGAAUUUCUUGCAACGAGUUGGGAAUACUAUUGCUUGGACGGUAUCAGCCGGAAUUUUGAAUAUAAUGAAUGCGCCUUUGCAGCAAUAUUUGUUGAGUAAGUAUUAUCCCAAUGCUCCACCAUUAGACGAACUGUUGGAAAGCGUUGAUUUAAUUCUUGCAAAUUCAAACUAUGCUACUGAUACUCUGGUGCCACUACUUCCAAAUAUUAUACCCAUUGGUGGAUUCCACUUGGAAGAAAAAGUUGAGAUAUCAGCAGGGUUACAAUCAUAUUUGGAUAAUUCUAAAAAUGGAAUUAUUUACUUUAAUUUGGGGACAAAUGCUAAAGGUAAAUUUAUUCAGCCUGAAACACUACAACAUCUUAUAAACACUUUUGCAAAAUUACCAUAUGAUAUUCUCUGGAAGUACGAGGACGAAAUGAGCAAUAUUCCUAAAAAUAUCAAGCUAGAAAAAUGGUUACCUCAACGUCAAAUACUAAUGCAUUCAAAUGUUAAACUUUUUAUAACUCACGGGGGUAAUGGUGGUACAAUUGAGGCUAUUUAUGGUGGUGUUCCUAUGAUUUGCAUGCCACACUAUGGAGAUCAACCCAAAAAUUGUGCAGGAAGUGUAGGAAAUGGGUAUGCUAUACAUGUUGAUAUUUCUACGAUGACUGAAGAAAUAUUAACCAAAGCAAUUAAUGAAUUGCUCAGUAAUCACAAGUAUAAGGAAUCAAUCAUGUUACAUUCCGAUGUGUACCGCAAUCAAGCAAUAAAUCCAAUGGAUCGGGCUGUAUUUUGGAUUGAACAUGUAAUUCGACACAAAGGUGCGAAACACUUAAAAUCACAAGCGGCUCAACUUUCGUGGUAUCAAAGAAAUUUAAUUGAUGUUUUUGCCUUUUUUGGUUGUGUAUUAAUUAUUAGUUUAGCUAGUAUUUAUUUCAGCAUUAAAUAUUGUUUAAAAUUAAUGUACAACAAAAUAUUUUCUUCCCAAAUUAAGAAACAAAAGAUGGCAUGAGCAAUUCAAUUUGCUGUUGAUAUAAUUUUAAGUUUAAAUUGAAACCAUUUUGAGUUAAUUUAUAGCAAUUUAAUAAGUAUUAUCAUGGUGAUCAGGCAACAUUUUAUUCUAAAAUCAUUUAAAUCAAUAUUUUUGUCAUGACCUUUUAUUUAAAUAUCCUGUUAUAAAUUUACAAUAUGUAUUUAUUUAUUAACAAAAUAUACAAUAGUAAACAAUUGUAA